AUGGCUGUCCCAGAUCUUGGAGUGUUUGAUAGCCCCUUGGACCCCGGUGGUUUUUGGACCCUAGGCGAACAACCAGGGAGCCACCUAAGCCUUUCCAGUGCGGAACAAUCAAGAGAUGGCAACCCGGGGUUGGGUGCACCCCGUUCCCGCACAAGGCAGAGCAUGAAAUCUCCCCGAUCAGGCUUGCCGAGGCAUCGGAGUCGCUACUCAACCAGAAGAUUGAGCAAGCAUUCGGCGCCCGUCUAUAUACCGCCAAGUCCUAAGGCGGACAUCGAUCGUGAUCCGAUGCAGCGAUGGCAGGAUUCCCCGCCAGAAGAUGAGCCAGCGGCUUUAUCAGCGAUUAUGAAUGCUAUCCAAACAACACCGGAAUGGAACUCUAGAGAUUCAUCCCAGUCUAGUGCGGGUAACAUUCGGCAACCUGCUGAUGCUUUCCGCAGCUAUCGACAUGUUCCAUCUUCCAAUAGCGGCGAAAGUGGCAACAGCAAGUCAUCUCGAAACUCGAUGCAAUCCGAGAACUCUGGCAUUUCUGGAUCGUCCAGAAACUCAUCUACACUACGGCCUCGAAAACCCCGAGGACGGGUUACAAAUCCUCGUUCAGGCAAACCACGCACAGAUCAUAAGCGUAUCUUCUGUUGCACCUUCUGCUGUGACCGCUUCAAGAGUAAAUAUGAUUGGACACGACACGAAAAGUCGCUGCAUCUAAACCUGGAGACAUGGGUAUGUGCCCCUUACGGAGGUUCGGUCUUUUCCAUGACCACUAGGCGCCCACACUGUGCCUAUUGCCAUGCGCUCGAACCAAAUGCCGAUCAUCUCGAGCAACACCAUCAUCUAGCCUGCCAUGGAGAUCCAACAGAGCCCCGGGUUUUCCGCCGCAAGGACCACCUUGUUCAACACCUUCGAUUGGUGCACGAGCUAGAUGUCAUGCCCCUGGUCGAUGAUUGGAAACUUGUGACACAGGAUUUCACUUCUCGCUGUGGGAUAUGCGACCAGAGAAUGAACAGCUGGAACGAGCGAGCGGAUCACAUCGCUGCUCAUUAUAAAGAAGGAGCAACGAUGGUCCAAUGGCACGGCGAACACGAAUUCCCUCCUGCUAUCGCUGCACAAGUCACGAACGCUUUACCACCCUAUCUGAUUGGGUCUGAGUCGCUAAGCUUGGUCCCGUUUUCUGCGACGGACUCCAAUUGUCGCGACCACUUCCAACAAAUUUCAUCCAACGCAGGAAUGGGACAGAAGGUGGAUGAUCCUCAACCCCAUCAAUCCCUACCAGAGAGUUUCUCCUCGCAGUCGGAGCUCAGCUCCUUCACUCAAAUUCUAACCAUGCAUCUCAGCCGCUACGCCCAAGCGCAGAUGAAACAGGGUGUCAUUCCAACGGAUGACAUGUUCCAGCAAGAAUCUAGGCGGUUAUUGUACAAUUGUGAGGAUAGUUGGAACCAGACUGCGGCGGAUAAUGACCAGUGGCUUUCGGCAUUCCGCAGGUUGCAUUGCCAGCCAGGAGAUCUACCUGUGCCUGGGAAUGAAGUGGAGCCGCAUACAUUGGAAGUUCCAGAGCGUUGA